AGACUAGUGACACCUGCUGAUCACAAUAAUUAACAGCAGUCAAAUUGUUACAGAUUACGUCUCACACCAACACGGUAUGGUGCGGAAAAAGUGCUGUAAUAGGUGCUUCGUUGGAGCAUAAUUAUAAUUCAUUUUUGAUCAUUUUUAGACUGGGCAGUACCACACCAAUGUGGUAACGAAAUAAACAUUCGGACGUCAUGGAUGAGUCUGGAUAUUUAAGCGACACUAAAAUUAGCUUGAAUAAACUUCACAGAGAGGUCGAUGCAAUCUCCGAAGCUUUGGUUUCAAACAUAACAUCACUAAUUUUAUCUACGUUUCAUCUGUCCGGGUCACUGAGUUGAUAUGGGGGUGUAGGGUUCGUAGUAGACCUAAACAACGCGGACCUGUAUUUUGAAAAAGGCCCUCUGGAAAUAUAUUUGACCCGGAAGGAAAUAUUUGAUAGAAGGUUCAUAAUUACUUGCGACGAGAAUAGAAUGGACUAUGGUAGUUUAAGUGCAUUUUGUUUGUUGCGUAAUUCGUUUUCAAAAAAAUGGCUUCUCCGACCCGUAACCGUUGUAUAGCAGCUGCGGUGAUGGUUUCGGCUUCGCCAGCCGUUAAAACACAGACUUUGGUGAUGGCAUCUAGCCCGGCCGCUAUCCGCGGUAAGAAGCGACCUGCCAGCCCAGCCACUUCGCUUGCUGUACCGGCCAGUGGGAACAACAACAAGAAAAAGAAACUCCUACCCACCGCAAACCCGACACAACAAACACAGGUUUGUGUGUUGGAGUCGGUGUUGGAGGGUAAAGCAGUGGGAGUGUCUGACGCUGUAGGCCCAGCCACUGCGGACCCUGCAGCCAAACCCAUGCCCUUCAAAGACCCCAUGUUUGUGCAUUCUGGGAUAGGGGGUGCAGCGGCUGGAAAAAAGAACCGGACCUGGAAAAACCUGAAACAGAUCCUUGCAGUGGAACGGACUCUUCCCUGGAAGGUCAAUGAUCCUAACUACUACAGCAUUGAUGCCCCUCCUUCUCUGAAGCCGGCCAAGAAAUACUCCGACAUCUCAGGGCUCCCUGCAAACUAUACGGACCCACAGACUAAGCUGAGGUUCACGUCAUCUGAGGAAUUCUCCUACUUGCGUCUGCUCCCCACUGACACCGUUACUGGUUACCUGGCGCUCCGCAAGGCCACCUGCAUUGUACCCUGACCACAAAGCCUGCUGGGAGGUGGAGUUCAGAUGUUAAAGCUGGAAUCUGGAUGAGGUGAAUUGGCGACUGCAUGGGUGUAUUUGUAGUUGUUUUUCAUUUGUUUUAUACAUAUGCAUAUUUAUAGAAAUAAAGAUGAUGCUCUGCUUUUCUA